CAUGCACCUCCCAGAACUGAGAAGAUGGCUGUUGAUCAGGACUGGAGCAGUGUUUAUCCAACAGCAGCUGCAUUUAAACCUGCCUCUGUGCCUCUCCCAAUUCGAAUGGGUUACCCAGUGAAGGGAGGUGUACCUCCACCAAAAGAAGGCAACUUAGAACUUAUAAAGAUUCCCAAUUUUUUGCAUCUUACUCCUCCUGCAAUUAAGAAACACUGUGCAGCUCUUAAAGAUUUCUGCACUGAAUGGCCUAGUGCUUUGGACACUGAUGAGAAAUGUGAACAGCAUUUUCCUAUUGAAAUUGAGACAGUAGAUUAUGUUUCUGCAGGGACAUCUAUUCGUAAUCCCAAAGCAAGAGUGGUGACUUUAAGAGUUAAACUUUCUAACCUGAAUCUGGAUGACCAUGCAAAGAAGAAGCUCAUUAAACUUGUAGGAGAGCGGUACUGUAAGGAUACAGAUGUACUCACAAUUACAACAGACAGGUGUCCGCUAAGAAGACAGAACUAUGAUUAUGGCAUACACCUCCUUACAGUUUUGUACCAUGAAUCUUGGAAAACUGACAUGUGGGAGAGUGAGAAGACUGAGGAAGACAUGGAAGAGUAUAUCUGGGAAAAUAGUUGCUCUCAGAAAAAUGCCUUGGAUACACUGAUUCGAAUAAAAGCCUCUGAGAAUGUCAGUAAUGUAACUAAGGAUGAGCUUCUUGCAUCUGAAGUGGUUAAGAAUUACAGAAACUCUGUAAUUGCACUUAAAAAUGAAGGUGAAACAGAAGAUAACAUGUCUCGGUAUAAGGAAUCCGUGAAGAAGCUAUUGAAUAUACAAGCAUUACCAUGAGACCAGACUUUGCAGGUAUAUGUGGUUAUUGCGGAAGUAGUAAACUACUAUGUUAAUAUUUCUAUAUGAUAUGGAUGUAUAAUUGUUCAGAACCUUAACCAGAAAUAUGAAACCUGAUGGUGA